CGCUGUGCCACUUGCAGUCACCUACAUAUGCGCCUUUCAUGAAAAUUUUGUAGAGAUGUAAAUAUCGCUAUCGCUUCUGCUUUUCUUUAUUUCUGAAUAUCUGCUCUUCGUUUAUACUCAUGGCCCCUCCUCCCCCAAUCAUCAUAGACGCCCAGGCCGUCAGCGGAAUCACUGGCUCCAUCUCCUUAGCCUGCUGGAUCAUCGUUUUCGCCCCGCAAAUCUACGAAAACUUCUCGCGCAAGUCCUCUGAAGGGUUGUCACUUUCCUUUCUCGUGCUCUGGCUCAUCGGUGACGUUUUCAACAUUUUAGGAGCCGUUUUACAGCAUGUGUUGCCUACCAUGAUCAUCUUGGCUGUCUACUACACCUUGGCUGACGUCGUAUUGUUGUGGCAGUGUUUGGCCUACCGCGACCGCACCGAGAUCAGGAUUGACGCCUCCCAUCUUUCCCCUGCGAAGCCUUUGGGUGGCGAUGUUUUGGAAACCGUCAUCUCCCGCUGCAGCACCCGCGAAGAAGAAACUGACAUCAACGAUACCUCCUUGGAAACUGACCCGUUCGGUGUUUCCGCUGCCAAAGCCGCUCCCCGUACUUCCACAAUGCGCAGCGUGCUCAUCAACACCUUGAUGGUUGUGCUUGUCAUCUCCAGUGGCUUAAUCGGUUGGGCCCUUACCUUACCGGCUGGAUCUGACUUACCAUUACCAGAGCAGCCGGAAUUGGUGUUUGAUCCGUUGGCACAGUUUUUCGGCUGGCUUUGCGCCAUCUUCUACCUCGGCUCUCGUAUCCCGCAGAUUGUUCUCAACUACAAGCGCAAGUCCUGCGAGGGUAUUUCCUUCAUGUUUUUCCUCUUUGCCUGCUUAGGUAACAUGACCUACACCAUCUCCAUCUUGUGCAUCAGCACCUCCCCCAAGUAUAUUCUCAUCAAUGGCUCCUGGUUGUCCGGCAGUAUCGGCACCUUAGGGUUAGACUUGAUGAUUUUCGCACAAUUCUUCAUGUACUCUCCUGAGGAAACUUCUGACUCCGAGAGCGAGUUUCAAGACUACGGCUCCCUCCAAGAAUAGAAUGGGUACCACAAAAACUCCAAGGUUAUAAAUCAGAGUCCUUGUAUUAAUGAAUGAAAUGAUACGUAGAAAUACC